AUAUUUAACAAAUAUAUUGAUCUCUUUUUUCCAAAUACCUCACAGAUCACAAACUCACAAAAUCCUUUCGGCUCCUUGCCCAAAUAUCUUCUCAAAUCCAUCGAUCUAUUGAAGAUAUUUGCCCAAAAUUGUCGAAUUUCUUGCUCCACUCAACUCAACUCAACUCAGUUAGCAUAUCAACCUAGAACCUAGAAUAUAGUGAUGGUAGGAGUUUUAGUGGGUUAAUUAUGAGAGUUUUUUAAUGUUGGGUUAAUUUGAGUUUCUUAAUGGAGGGUAAAUUGAGUGAGCUGUUGUCGUUUACUGCUAAUUCCUAGGGCUCUUUCAUGCCUGUUUCCUGCAAUGUGCUACUUAUAAGGAUUGUUGGUAGGUUGUUCUAUUCUUUAUUCGCGUCUUUUUAACAUUUCCUGAGUUCAAUUAGCAAUAGAUACUUGAUCUGAUAAGUAGAGUACAAUAGAGAUUUCAGGUUGUAGGAACUCUUUAGCUGUACAUAUGAUUUUCGUAGUUCAUCGCACAAUGCCAUUUGUAGUGUCAGCCGGGAGAACUUUAUUAAUUCGUUUCUUAUGAUAGAGUCUAACAAAGUAAAAUUCAGCGUGAUGACCUAAAACGUUCAUCACGCUGAAUAUAUUGCCCAUAGUUACUCAUUGAAAGGGUAAUACAUUUUGAAAGCCAUAUGUGAAAAGUUUCCCAAAUGUGCUUCUCGGAGGAAGGAGGAGUACUAACUUAGAAGGAAUCUGAAUUGAGAUGGCGGAUAAAUCAAAAAUCUCUUUUAUUUCCUCUACAAACAAAUAUAAUGGCAAAUUUCAGAUAUAUUAGGAUAAGUGGAAUUGAGGAGACAGAGAAAUAUUAGUGUCUACGUUCUAGGUCAAGUCAUUUUUCUGGAGAUAGUGAAGAUGGAUUAGAACAUUUACUAACUUCUUAGCUACAACGUCAAGAAAGAAAAUGUCCUCUAGCUCAUAUACAUUCGUUUAACAGGAUUCAACACUUAACACUUAUAAUUGACUCUUUAUGAUCUUUGUGUGAAGAAUUUUCUACAGCAAAAAGUCCUAUUGAUGCAAUUAGGCAGUGCUGACUCUUUAUGAUCACAUGCUAUGUUGCGCGGACACUUCCAGGUAUGCCACAAACACGGAGUAAUUCAUCGAGACCUCAAACCUGAGAACUUUUUAUAUGCCAAUGCAACUGAAAAUACUCAACUAAAGGCCAUUGGUUUUGGUCUUUCUAUUUUCUUUGAACCUGGUCAUAGAUUUGGUGAAAUAGUAGGAAGUCCAUAUUACAUGGCUCCGAAAGUUCUUAGACGAAAUUAUGGACAAGAAGUUGAUGUUUGGAGUGCUAGCGUUAUACUUUUACAUUUUAUUAUGUGGUGUUCCCCCUUUUUGGGCAGCACAGAAACUGAAGAAGGGAUUGCACAUGCAAUAGUGAAGGGAACAAUAGAUUUUAACAGAUAUCCAUGGCCAAGAGUAUCUGAUGAAGCUAAGGACCUUCUCAAAGGAAUGCUUGAUGCUAAUCCUUAUAACAGAUUUACUGUUGAAGAAGUCCUUGAAGGUGUUUGGAUUGCCAAAGUGGACAUUUUGAGAGGGAAGUUUUGGUUCAAGUUUGGUGAAUUCCAUCUUAGUUGCAAGGAUCUUACGUGGUUUGAGACUGGUUGCUCGCCUCAAGUUGUCCUUAUCCUAGGAGAUUGAAAUUGCUAUGCAAACUCUCAUUGUCCAUAAUGAAAUUGGACAAGUCUAGACUUGUGAUGGAAGUCAACUAUAUGUUGUCUUAUGGAGCUGCAGAGCCUUCUCUUUCUUUACUUCAGAGAUACAACAUCCUUGGAGUGCUGCUACCAUUUCAUGAAACACACCUUGCUCAAUAGUCUAACAAACAGUUGAGUGAAAGUUCUAUUAUGCUGAUGAAACUAUUUUCUAGUUUGGAUCAGUUAGUCACCUGUGGUCGACCUUCUCAUGAUAGUUUGUGGGUUGCACUCUUAGCAUUUCAUCUAGCACUAAUAACUAAUUCGCAAGAGGCAUAUGUUGUCUUGACCUUUGCUUCUUUGUUGUACCAUGGAAAUUGGAAGGAAGGUGUUAAAUUUUGCUAGAAGACACUCUGAUGCUGCAUCUAUUUGUGCACCUAAAACUUCAGGUUCUUAGGACUCCAUAUCAGUGCUAGUGCAAAAUUCUCUAGAUAUUUUGACUGAUAAGGACAGCCUCCAGGAAGCAAUGUCCAGGUUCCCAGGUUCCCAGGUUCCCAUGCUUUGAUUUGGUAAGUAAACCUUUUUUAGCUUCUAGAUCUAGUUUGAGGAAAUUUAUUAACUCGUACGACUGUUUUAUUUUAACUUUAUUGAACGCCCAAUAUAUUUUUUCUGUACCCUUGUCAUGCUUCGGAGUAAUACUGGACGAAUGUGAAAAAUAGUAUGACCAUUUGAAUGCCAACUUCUUCACCUAUGAAUCAAAUUCAUCAUUUUUCAUCUAAAAGUGGGCACUGAUUUAGUCAUUUUUCUCUGAGUAAUACUGAAAUAUUUAUUUAGCUGAGGCCUCAUUAUAUUUAUUGGGAAAUAUCACUCCAGCUUUUACAUUCUAGAGAUGGUGAUUUAGCAGAAGCACCUGCCUCUGCCAACCUAUUGUCAUGAUUCUUCUUUGUGCUCUGAAUAAAGUAGAACAACAAGCAGUGUUUAAAAAUUGUCAAUUUCUUAUGGUGUUCAUCAUUUUGUUUGGCCUUUUAUCUAUCUUCCUUGUGUUUGCUGAAAGAAAAGCAUCAAAUGUAUCUAUGAAAUGUCCUGAUAUUUAAGUUGGGAUCUAAACAGAUAUGCCAUUAGACUUUUCAGACUUAUAUUCACCUGAUGUGAGUAAUGCACAAGCUCUAAGAGGA